AUGGAGAAGAUUAAGGGAUACAAGGAUUUUACGAUGACGGCGGAACUAGAUAACGACAUUGCAACGGAUACAGUACUCCUUAAGCAACGUUAUCAAAAAUUUAUUAAAGCAAGCGACCAAGUACGCUGGGCCUUGCAAACUACGAACGCUACCAAGGAGCAAAUCGAGCAAGAUUACUCCACAGUAGCAGAAGUAGAAGGAGAAAUGAGCAGUAUACUCGCCUUCUUUAAAAACAAACGAGACGAGUAUAAAAGACAACAAGACUUGGAAUUUCAAGAAAUGCAAAGGAAAGAACAGCGCCAGAUAGACGAGGACAGAAACCGAAUGGUUCAAGACCUGCUUACUCAACAGCAGCAACUCUUCGCAAAUCAAAGCCUCCGACAACAGCAAGCCUACGCCUUACAAGUACAACUACUUAUGGCGCAAAACCAGGCAUCAGUUCAAGUAGCAGCAGCAGCAGCUCCAGUUCAACAAACGACACGUCUUCCCCAAAGACAAAUCAAACACUUUAAAGGAGAUAUUCUUGAGUGGACAUCAUUCUGGAAGAGCUUUAAUGCCUCCAUUCACUCGUCUACAAUGUCGGGUGUUCAAAAAUUCGACUACUUUAAAGAAUCUUUGAAAGGGAAAGCGUACUUGUGCGUUGAAAAUCUGGAACUCACGCAGCAAACUACAACGUUGCCAUAG